AUGAAAUCUUCCCUCGGUCCCAACCAGGGGCCAGACUUCUGGAUCCUGUACACACAACGCUUAGAAUUGCUGCAGAGAGUCACCGUAUUCAUGGCCCAUGUUGAUGCCUUGGAAGCUGCGGCAAGUGAAGCCCACCGUCAAAUCGUUAACUUUGAGGACUGGGCGACGGACCUGAAACCCCACAAGUAUUAUCCAACCAGGUUUCUGGCGCUCGUGGAGCUUGAGCACAUCGCCAGACGCUGUGCAUUUUCAGAAACCUCCGCUCCCUCGGCCAUUCUACAAGCGAAACUACAAUUCAACUAUUCGAACUUUGGGAGAGAGUACUUAGACGAUGGUAUUCGGGUUGACCAUCAACGAAUGCGUCUGACUAUGGCCGAGCUGUACUGUUCCGGUCUGGAGAAUAACUCUGUUUGGGAUCCUGUGCUCGGUGGAACGAACGCGGGUCUGAGCUACCGCGAUUCUACCCUUCUGUUCCCUUACAGGUCCAGAGAUAAUAUGCUUAGGAUAUUCGACUGCCCAUCCAACCAUGUAAACAUGGCCGACAACGGACUCUUCCUCCCUCCUUCCGUCUCAAGGGCGAUUAAAGAGGGCGUUCUGGCGAUCGUCCCUGACCUCGGCAUGGAACCCCCGUCAGACAUCGACCAAACUCAGACCGAACUCUUUGAAAAGCGCUUCAACGACUGGCUUGACCAGAACGUCCAGGACUAUCAGUUGAUUGUCAUUAAUGUAGCGCACCCGCUGGCCCAGGACACGUACCCAAAGCCUAUCGCCGAGAUGACAUCCUCCUUCAACGAGAUGGAAAUCGAUCACGAGAAUCCAACCUCUGCACCCUCCCCAGCUCUUCCUGCCGUCGGCCAUACCAUCCAGAGCACCGAACCCAUCUCGGAACGCGCGGUGCGCAAAGCGAGGGGACGUCGUGGCCUUGCGAAGAUGAUUCAGAACCGCGAGAAAAAAAUCGGCGCCGCCGCCAUCCGCACUCCUCGCCCCGAAAUGAACGCACACGAAAAGCUGGAGAAGGCGCUCGCCCAUCUGAGCCAGACGUUCAAAGACGCUUUCAGCGCCGGCUUCUCUUUCGAGAACGCCAGACCCCUUCAAGCAGGUGUUUCCGACAACCUCUGCCGCAGCCUCGGCCUGGAUGGCUUGCAGAGCGACCGAGUCAGCCUCGCGAAAUUUGCUCGCACUCUGAUGAGCGAGGCCAAUAACCUCAAGUACAGCUACAGCAGACAUAGUCAAAAUCUCGACGGACGGCGCAAGGACUUCUUCGUCAAGCUCUCGAAGACCUUGGUUACCAGAGUCAUCGGCGGCGGAACCUUGCAGAAGAACAUUAGGAAGAACCCGAUUCAUGCCUCGACUUGCGACGUGAUGCUGGAGGCGCUGAUUCAGGCAAGACUCGCCUACCUUCGCAUGGAUAUCAAAGACGACGGGGGAACGUCUGGAAGCGCGGAAGGCACUUACACGAGGAAGGCGACGAGCCUUAUUAAGGCCGUGGACGAGUGGAUUUCGACUGUUCAAUCUGGCGCGACGAAACCCCUGCCCGAGGUGCUUGAUUUGGCCGAGGCUAUUGGCCAGGCCGUUAUUUGA